AUGCCUUCCACACCUUCAAACACCACUAUACCCGAGCAUUCCUCCCCUGAUUUCUUCAAGUCAUCAUCAUCACUCAAUGCCUCGGGUUCUCCUCCUCCAUCAUCGAUGGGUUCACCUCCCUCAAUUGCACCGGUCUCUCCCCGAUGGCUUAAGCAUGCGACACAUGCACCUAGUUAUCUCAGCCAGUAUCAUGUUGACAUCAAUCUUCCUUCUCGGUCUCUCCCAUUAUCUAACUCGGCGUUGACUAAAAGUAAAAGUACCCCUUAUCCCUUCUCUGAUGUACUUACCUAUGAACGCUUGUCGACCACAUAUCAUGCUUUUACUACUUCUCUUUCAGUUGCAAUGGAGCCUCGUUCCUUCGCUAAGGCAAUUCAUGAUCCCAUGUGGCGCCUUGCCAUUGAGCAAGAUUUGGCUGCCCUUGAAGCCAAUGGCACAUGGUCUCUUCACCCUCUUCCUCAUGGCAAGAAACCUGUUGGCUAUGAUGUUAUUUUGGUAGUAGACAGCCUACAAGAAAUUGAAGAGACCAAGUCAUUCCUAAUGGAGGAAUUCAAAUUGAAGGACCUUGGUCCGUUGAAAUAUUUUCUGGGCAUAGAGGUAGCCCGUUCUAGCAAAGGAAUUGACCUCUCACAAAGCAAGUAUGCUCUUGAAAUACUUGAAGAUGCUGGAUAUCUUGAUGUGAAGCCAUCAACCUUCCCAAUGGAGUAG